AUGCGUCAAGCAAUAACAUCCAUUUUUAUUUUAGCUGCGAUUGUAACCACAUCUGGGACAGCAGAUCUCCAGAAUAUUAAUCCGUUUAUACAGGAAAAUGGCUCUGGCAACACUGAACUCCAGCAGAGAAUCGAGAGAGAUGCCACAUCUUUAGCAGAGAUUCUCAAUAGUGACGCCUAUAUCACUAUAAAGAGAGAACAAGUGAUUUGGAUUUUUAAUUAUUUAGUUAUUCGUUAUACCGCAGCCACACAACAAGAUGUGUACGACAUUGCGAUACAAAAGCUUACAAAUUUCGACCAAAUAGCAGUAUUUGCCUCAUACAUUCAACGCACUGGCAACAAGAACGAUGCAUUCGCUUUAGAACGCAUGGCAUCGCUGCAGUUGGCCUUGUACUGGCGUCAGCGGCAGUUCAAUGCCAAUAACAAUAAUUACCUCUUUGCAGUGUCUUAUUACUUCCAACAGAUUAAGUCUUGGGGCUAUACUAACAACAACAUGAGCAACAAUAUGACGAAAGCCAUCAAUAAUCUGCCUGAGACUUUACAGAAAUUCUUCUUCUCCACGAAUUUUUGUUUGAAAAACGUAGCUAAUGGUGAAUAUUUGUUCAUAAGCAGUACCGAUAAGAUGAGCGAUACGCGUUACUUUGUAUUAACCACUUUCGAUCUCGACAUGAACAAUGAGGAGCUGGAAACUGUUAUGAUCAGUGUGACUGAUAACAAUGAUGGUCUCGCGGUUAAUGUUGCUCUGAACCAUAUCAAUAAAGGCAUGUUUUUGAUUUAUUAUCAGGACAAUAUUAUUGCAGCGGUUCGUGGGAAUAACGUACCGGCUAAUGGCAGUUGGUCAGCGCAACUGGUAGAAAAUGGUUUGGUGUUUAGUCAAAAUGGCGUAAAUAUCUGUGCUUCCGAAUAUUUAUAUAAUGACAGUGAACAUUUCGUAAAUGGUCAGAUAUCACCGACUACAGCGUGUCAAUGGGUCGCUGUCAAUUGUCCAUAA